UUCAAUACAUGUUUGUCUGCUAGUUGUUUUAUGAACUUCGUAAUUCUGGUCGAACUAUUUCGAUUCUAUUAAAUUUGUUCGUGAGCAUUUAGUUCCUGACUUACCUUACUACGUCUUCAGCUUGAAAAUAACUUUUUUUUCUCUUUAAUUUGCUUCAAAAGCACUUGACAUACACAUGGCAAUUGUAGUUGAUAAAAGAGUGCUGAUUGAUGAAGCUUGUUCUACAGCCCAGGAAUUUACAAAACUCUACUAUGAAUGUCUUGACAAAAAGAGAAAUUUAGUUUCAAGACUGUAUAUGGACACAGCAGUUUUAGUUUGGAAUGGUAGUUCUGUGGCAGGAAAUAUGGUAAUUCAAGCCUUUCUUGAGAAACUUCCUGUAAGUGAUCAUCAAAUUGUAAGCCUUGAUGCACAACCAGUUCAUGAUGAAGCAAUAAAAGGUCAAUCAACUAUCAUGGUUACUGUAGCUGGAAUAGUGAGAUAUGAAAAAAAGCCUGCACAGCCAUUUUGUCAAGAUUUCCUCAUAACAGCACAAGAGAGUAAAUGGAAAGUUGUUUCUGAUUGCCUUCGCUUCCAGAAAGUUCUUUCCUAAAUACUUGCAAUACAGUAAUAUUUUGACGAAACA